AAUGCAGUAUGGCCUCUGCAGUACGACAACCGGUGGCGAGAAAUUGAAGUUGUCGUGAGUCAGAGAGCAAACAAAACCUACAGCACGUCCAAUUUUCGCAAGAAAAAUAAUAUCAGUGAUCGCAACGUAUCUGCCGCUUCCAGUAUAUCAGCAAACUUGGGCGCACGAUGAUAGUGAUGCUAGAAAUAUUUAUACAAUAACAUUGCAUUUGACAUAAGUUGAGAAAAAAAGGAACACUUUUCCACGCUCGCGUUUACAACGGCAUUCAACACACAACUGUGACGUGUGCGCGAUUGCACCAGCGGCAUCUGACAAAACUUUCUUCGUCAGCUUUUUCGACAUAACCAGUCUCCACGAACAUGAGCGGCAACAACAGCCAGGCGCUUUUUGCUUGCUCAAGAUGCUUCUCCAGGCAUCCUUUCGAGGAAUUAUCACCUGGUCAACAGUUAUGCAAGGAAUGCCGAGGAGCAUUUCCCGUCGUCAAAUGCACUUAUUGUCGAUCUGAGUUUCAACAGACCAUUAAAGGCAGCACCAGUACGAUAUGCAAAAAAUGUGAGCAGAAUGUUAAAGCGUAUGGGAAACCUUCAGCGUGUGAGUAUUGCAAUACCAUAGCUGCUUUCAUUGGCAGUAAAUGUCAGCGGUGCACCAAUUCUGAGAAACGUUACGGCCCACCUGUUACCUGUGAACAGUGUAAACAAAAGUGUGCUUUCGACAGGCAGGAUGAAGAUAAAAAGGUUGAUGGUAAACUGUUAUGUUGGUUGUGCACACUAUCCUACAAGCGAGCCUUGGCAAAGACGAAGCAGUCAGACGCGGAUAGAAGGGCACAUUUAAAAUUAGCACAACAACGGGCUGCGAAACACAAAGAACAAAAUUUAUCUCAUUGCAGAAUGAAAGGUCACAACAAGCGGCCCAACAGGGUUGAUGUGACGCAGUUGCCCACACAAUCCGAUCCUGUAGAAGGAACGAAUGGGCCAACACCUGUGAAGGCGGCGCGAAUGGGAGGCGUUCACGACUCCCAUGAUCCAAACAGCUCGGAUCACGUAGUGGCGGUGACUCAGUUGAAGGAGAAAAUAGCGCUGUUACAAAAGCAAAUUAUGCAAAAGGAUGGCCAACUAUUGACGAAGGAUAAAAUGAUCACCGAGUUGAAAGCAAAACAUUUUACCAGCGAGACGGAGUUGCGCACUAAAAUGAAAGCGACGGAAAAAGAGUAUGAAAAUAAGGUCAGCACACUUCAGCACAAAAUUUCCAGUCUUCUCAAAGAAGUCGCGUCUCUUUCGAAGAGUACGAGACGCGGCGAUCGCAUAGCGGCCACAAAAAGUGAGGCUGGGACGAACAGUGGCAGUGGAACUGAUAGCCCAGUACCUUGAUAAGAGAUUUUGAUAGCCAAGUCAAGAAAAAAGAGUAAACAAGUAUAAGCAUACUCAAAAUAUCCAAUUAUACCAUGUAAACUAGAAUCGCGUGGUAUAUAUUAUGUGAGAAAAUGAUGAUUAGCAAAUUAUUCCCAAUAUUAAAUCACACAGAUUCGUAUUAUUUUUCUAUAAUGAUGACUAUUAAAUAAGGAUCUUAUUAUUUCCGUCUCGCCUUAGAUGUCUCUUAUUCGUAAUUCUAAUUCGGUGACAAAAAUUGUACAUUAUAUGUACACAUGAUGUGUAUAAUUGAAACAUGAAAUGAUGCCAAACAGGCAUUUUAUUAAGGAAAAUGAAUAUAAUUUUAGAUAGGAACAAUAUUUCAACUUCUCUGAGUUUUCCGUUAUUAAUAAUUAUCAUAUAACACUCGUUGAGAAGAGCAAUAUACAAUUUUUUUAUUGUUACUUUUUUUUGGUCUCCUCUCUAUCUCUCUCCCCUUGCCUUUGUAUUCUUACCCUUAUUCGGUUUAGUAUUGAGAAAAGUUGGAAAACUGGCGUAGGAGAAAAAAAUUUUAACAAAAAAACAUAAAAUAAAUAAAAAAGAAAACAUGCAAGAAUAGAAAUAUAACGAAGAAAGAAAGAGAAAAAAUUAGACGACAAUGGAGGAAAUAGAUGGAUAAAUGAUUGUAAGAGAUUUAGAAUAAAUUAUUUAUGGAUCACGAGAGCGGACUGGUGCGUCUUUAAAGAAUGAAUCGUCGUUGGAUACCGUGAGAGAAAGAAUAUGGAGAAGCGCCGUUUUUGAAAGUUGCAUGUAUGAGCUAUGAUGUUUUAAUAUUUAUAUAACGAAUGUAAUGAUUGGUGAUUCGGAAUUCCUGAAUCACACUCUGAUUGUAGACAAAAAUUUUACAAUAAAAUAUGAAAUAAGAACACA